AUGGGGUGAUGUUCCUCACUUUAAUGAGGUGUAGGAAGGAUUAUAUGAGACAAAUAAAGUGCUAGGCUCUGGGCCUUUUAAUUUGCUCAUUUUUUAUUUUAUUCCUCUCUAGGAUAAUUUGUAAAUCUUCUUGUCUGGGUAAAGCAGAAAUAGAUGCACCCAAAUCAAUACACGGUGUUCUCUGCCUAAUGGAAAAAUUUACUUUAAAAUUUUCUAAAAAUGUGCUCUAAGAUAGUGGCCUGGAGGGACAUACCCACUUCUCCCCAAGACAAUUGGAGGAAAAGACCUGCUGCUAUUUGGGACUCGGGAGUGGGAAGAAGAUGGGGGAAGAGCAGAGCAGGAGAUCUGGGGUGGAAGGAAGAGUAGGAGGGCCUGCUGCUCAGGGCUACAGCCCUGGUGGUUGGGAACUGGGGCACUGGGCUCCUUGAGCCCUCUAGGGGAUGCUGGUCCUAACAUCUGGCUGCCUGCCAGGGACAGUCAUGCCACUGGGGUCUCCAGGCCACUUACCCUUGCAAGGAUCGAGCCCACACCAACUGCUCCUCUGCCUCCAUGGCCCUCCAGAGCAAUCGGUCUCACUGGACAGUACUGUUUUCUCUCCUGUCUAUCUUCUCCCCAACUCCAAGCUCCUCAAGGUGAGAACUAAGUAAAACUCACGUUUGCAAACCCCAGCACUUAGGACACAUCAGGUCAAACUUGAGCUGCAUCAGGGUCACCUGGAGGACUGAUGAAAACAUAUUGCUGGGCUCCACAUUCAGAAUUGCUGGUGCUGCUGGUGUGGCGACCACACUUUGAAAAACACAGCGUAGGUGCUCAGGAAAGGGCUGUGGAAGGGGUGAAUGAACUAACCACUCACUUGCAAGCAAGAGCAAUUCUGUUUUGACUUUUUUUUUCCUGGGUCUUUACAGUUGGCCCAGCUCCCAGACCACUUGGUCCAGAAAGUCCUCCCUGCUCAUAGGGACUUCGCGUAUUCAUGCUCUCUCUGAGCUCCUCUAGGUCUUGAGAGUCACAUGUAUAAGCCCUGUCCCUACACACCCCUUGGCUGCGCAGAGCUGGGUCUCUCAGGUGAGAAGAAGGUGAUCAGUCAUCGUGGCAUUGUUAGCUGAGUCAAUGAAACGAAUCCCAUGGGGACCACUCCCUGGCUACAUGUGGGUCAUUAGGCCCACUGCAGGCUGGGGAGGGAAGCAGUUCUAGGGGACCAUAAAGAUCUUGGGGAUCCGGGAGUCCCCUAACAUCUUGACUGGGAGGAUAUUCCCAAAGGACAGAGUCUCCUGGCUGACCAAGAAUCCAAAUGGCCUGCCUGCCAACCAGGAGUCUCUCACUACCGUGUUUUGACAGCCCAGCCUGGGAGAACUGCUCACUGGGACAGUUCAUUACUACCCACUGCCAGCGUAUGGGAAGGAAGAUGGUCAGUGCCGGAUGGGAAGGGGAAGAGGAAAGCCCAACCGUCAGCACCAAGGCCAGGGGCUUGAAGAAGCAGAGGGGGUGGGGCAUGCUCAAGCCCUAGGGUCCCGUUGCAGCACAACUUUAGGUGGUGCCAUUUACAUAGUAAUCGCUGUGGAGAGCGCCCUCUGCACAGCCUGUGCAGUUUUAUGCAAUGGUCUGUCCUGCCAAACCUCCUCUGAGAAAUUCUCUUAUUCGUUAUUCCCAGAGUACCUGCUGUGUACCCAGCAUGGAGCAAGGUGCCAGGGCCAUACAGGUAGCCAAAGAUGACCUGCCCUCUUAAGGCUCUUGGGAGAAAGGCCAGCUACACAAUGCAGGAAGGAGCAAAGUGCUGGAAUGAGGGGAUGACUGGGCACUAUGGAGCCAGGGAGGAGGGCUUUACUUUGCCCAGGGAGGCCAGGGAGCUGGACUGUAGGGGCAGCCAGCUCCCUAUGGGCCGGUUAAUCCAGCCAGGUUGGAGGCCAUCAGGCAAUGGCAGCUGAAUCUGCAGCCUCAGCGUCUGGAGCUGAGUGGUUUCUUGCUUUCCAGGGAGACCUGGAGCUGCACAAACCCUGGGACUGGUGGGUCUUGUAGGCUGUGGCUGCCCCCACCCUUCCCCUUGUGAUGGCAUAGGAUUUACUGAAUCAGGGAUGGGCCUCAGCCCUGCUCCUGGGCAGGGCAAGCCAUGGGAGUAAGGAAAGAGCAGAGUUAGCCAAGACACACAGAGGCAGCUCAGGGUGUCUGCCACGGAGCUCGGCCUGCCUCACAUCACCUGAUUUUUGGGCUUAGGGAUGCACAUCUUCUCCUGGUUUGUCCAGCUGCUGCGCUGCCUUUUAUUGGAAGCCUCUGAGGGGCCCUCCCCUGCCCCUCAGUGGCCUCUUACUUUGGAUUCUCAGGGAUGCUGGAAGUCGGCCUCCACCCUGUAACUGCUCUGCAUGGGGAGAGUCAUGCAGCCACUUCCCAACCACCUGCCAUGGGCCAGCUCCAACUUUUGCAAGAGCUCUGACUUUUGCAACAGCUUUGACGUUGCCAGAGUCCCAAGAGCUCAAAAGGCUGGUCCAGGCAGCCUGGGGAGCAGCUCCUGGCUUCCACCUGCGUCUAGGACAGGGAGGACUUCGCGCUCUGGAACUAACUCUGCACUUUUUGUCACAUUACCAUUGGCUGCACACACUGGUUCUCUUGUCUGCCACCUCAUUGGAUGGGGGGCAAUAAAAAAACUCAUUUAUGUGCCUCUAGCACCUACUGGGGCCUGGCACACAGUAAGUGCUCAAUACAUUUCUGUGGUUUGAAUGAUUUAAGACUAGAUUCUGAGGGGAGUAUUUGUGAGUCAUAGCUGUUCUCCCCAGAACCUAGCUGGGGCUCUCUCAUACUCAGUGGUGAUGAAAUAAUAAUAUGAGUUUCUAAUCCCUUCUGCAGUUUGGUGACAUCGUUAGACCUAGUUAAGCAUUUCGCUAGUUGAUAAACUUAGUAACACUGAGGACUUAUGCACAGAUGAAUUUAAACGCUGGAAAUACAUAUUAGCAAAGAGACUGCUGCAGCUCUGGUCAAAGUGAAAAUCAAGCACCAGAUCUAAGGUGCACUGAGGUGCAGCCUGGUAUGGGGGAACUCAUGGAAGGAGCCUUCAGGAAUGCUGAGUCAAUGGCUUCAGGAUUUUUGGAGGCUUCUGGGCCAGGACAUAGCAACCAUUUGGAGGGGGUCUGCCCAGUCUCCAUUAGGUGGGGGUGUCAGGGCAGGUGAGGCCCGGCUGCUGCCAUUGGUCGAUGUGCUGUCUCCUUGGUCCUUCCAAACCUGUGUCUGCCUGGUCUGUGUCUCUGGCCACUUCCCACCCAGAGCUCUUGCUUUCUUUCUGCUUAGGUUAUAGGCUUAAUCUUUUUCCCUGGGAAGUGCCUUUCCCUCAACUAGCUAAAUUCAACAGGAAGGCCCAGUGCCUCUACAAGGCAGAAUUAAGUUCCCCACCUCUUAUCUCUGCGGCACAGGUAACAGGAUGCAACUAACAUACAGUGGUAAGUACUUUCCCUUAGAGGUCCCAGGGGUAGGUGGUGGGGGGAUGGGGGGACCAUCCUCUCGAUCACCCCUCCCCACAUGCUAAUGUUAGUAUUAAAACUAACACCCUUGGAUAUGAAAAAUCUACAUCUCCCAGUCAGGUAAAGUGAAUAACAGCUUCUGCAAAGUCUUUCCCAUUUUAUGGAUCUGAAAUUUACAGUGUAAGUCACAAGCAGGGCACAUUUUAUGCAAAUAAGUUUUCAGGGAAGUCCCCCACCCUGUGACUGUCCCAUGUAGCAACUCCGGGCCUCCCCUAUAGCGUGAAUUCCAUCUUCCCCAACAGAGAGGAGCUGGGCAGGCACAUCCCAGCACCUAACAAAGGCUGGCAUGGGCACAGCUGCAAUAACCAGGAGUCAAAUGCAGAGAAGUGCCCGCGAGGCAAAGUCGGGGAUCGCGCCUGCGUAUGUGUGCACAAGGUUUGACCUGCGGAAGGCUAUCAUUCCUUCUACUUUGCAGAAGAGAAAACUGAGGCCCGGACAGGUUAAAGGACCUCCUCCGGGCCCCGAGUUGGCUCCUGCCUGCCCUGGUUCCACUGUGCCCUGGGCCUGUCCAGUCCCUGCAUUGGAGCUGCCUCUGGGGUGGCGAGGGCCUGCGGCUCAUUACUCGGGACGAAGGCUGAGAAGUUCCUGCAAAAGACAAUACAGAAAGCUCAAGCACGCUCGAGCCAAUCCCCACAGAAAUACACAUGCGCGCAAGUGCUCACAAUGGGGAGAAAGACAGACAGACAGACAGACCCACAAACAGAUGACAGCACUUGUCUCUGGGGCAAAGCCUGGACGGGGCCUGAAGAAGACACACGCAUGUUUCUGCUGGCUGGGGAUGGCUUUUCAGUGGACCUUGGAGGCCACAUCGGCAGCCCAAAGGAGGCUGGAGAGGCAGCUGUGUUAGUUGGUGGACCUAGCUGGACAGAGCUGUGUGUGAAUUCCGGUCCAGCCAUGUGCUAGCUGUGUGACCUUGGGCAGGUUGCGUUCCCUCUCUGUCCUGAUGAUUAAACAGUGAAUGUGAAACCCCUAAACACAUGUCUUCCUUAGGACUGCUCUUGUGUGCACCUUUCCUUGCUCUGCUGUGGCCACUCACUGCACAUGGCCCCUCUGCCACUCUGGGUGCUCUGUGGUCAACUGAGGGAGGGACCUAUGUGCCCUCCACCCCAGCACAUCCUCACACUCCCUCACAUCAUGCUCUGCUUAGGUGAAGCUGGUGGAUACCUGUUGAGCCAGCGGGUCUCAGGCAGUGCUUUCAAAUGUUCGUGAACACCAGAAUCGCCCGGGCAGUUUAAGUGGGUGGGUUUCUGGGCAGCCCCAGGCCCAGAGUCUCUAGUUCAGUGUGUUGGUGUGGGGUGGACAGGACUCUAUUUUCCUAUCAAAGCUGCUGGGGGGGGUUCUCCAGAUCUCUUUGGAGAAGCUGCACUGUGAGGAAACCGCACCUGAGGAAAGCAAACCUUUCUGUUGCUUUUGAGAGUACAGGAGCCGGAGAGUACACGUUCCUGGAGGGCUCCAGGUCAGCGGUGACAGCUGCCCCCUGGGGUUCUCACUGAGACCUUGGCUCUACCCCCAGCUCCCUCAGCCUUGGGACUUCCCCUCCUCUCAGCACCCCCCACGCAGCCGCGCCAGAUGUUAAAGGUCACGGGAGGGCAAGCAGCAGCCCCACUGGAACUCACACCAGCCCGGGUGACGCAAGGUUUCCAACCUCCAGCCUUCAGAUCUGGGAACACCAGGAGGGCAGGGCUUUCCCAGAUGCCCGCCCCUCCAUCUACCCAUCACCCUGAUUUCUGGCUGCUGGGCCCAGCACUGUCUUGCUUCCUUCCCUUCCAGUUCCAGGUAGCACCUUCUUUCUGGCCAGGCCAGAGACAUCUCCAAGGGCCAGGAGGGUCAUCUCCAGAGGGCCCGGCAUCACUUCCCACAGCUGCUCUGGCCUUAA